AUUAUAAAAGACAAGUCCGUCCAGUGGUCCAGUGGGUCCAGCCUGACUAUUUGAGUUUUCUCGCUUGAUGAGAAAACUGAAAUAGUCACACUGGACGGACUUGUCUUUUAUAACUGUAACUGUUAGUGUGACGGACCAAAAUGAAACAAAUCAAAGUCAACUUAACCUAAUUUGCGUGUAUGUCUAUGACUGGGAAAAAUGGUGUAGGCAUUUGUGUUCCUUCUGAACACUUCAAAAUGUAUAGUACAUCUCAGAACUUUGUGACAGCAAUAAUAGAUGAGAUUGCUCUGGAAGGAUUAGAUGGAAUCACAUUGGAAGCUUUGUGGACUCGCAUAUCUUGUAGACCAAAUUUUACAUGCAUACUGGAUGAGAAGAGUAAAACUUUUAUUUGGAAUGUAAUCAGACAGUUGGAUGAUGUUGAGAUUUACGAAUUACCAACGGCAAGGAAAACUCUUGUCAUAUUCAAUCGCUAUGAUAAUGUUGAUCCAGAACUUGGAAUGAUUUUAGAACCAAGUGUCAUCCCAGAAGACAUCUAUCCACACUGUCCAGUAGAGGAUGGUAAAGGGAAGAUCAGGGGAUCCUGUUCAACAUACAAUCAGCGUGUUAAUGUCUCACGGAUUGCACGGAAACUUACCCUAGGAGAGGUUUUAGAGCGGUGGGAUCUCAAGUUGGCUCUUGUAGCCACACAAGAUGCCAGGAACACUGCACUGAUGGGGCUUAAUGUUAAUCCUGGUUUAGAACUGACCGUCAUGCAGUACUGUCUUUUAGAGAGAAUUGGUCGGUCCCGUUACUUGGGAGAGGUUACUCAAGGCAAGGUCAGCCUGCAGGUCCUGGGAGAAGAUCCAAAAGCAUUGUUCUAUCUUCGAAAAUAUCUGAUGAAGCACAAACUUAUAGUAAAACAGGUUCACCAGCAGAAGUCUGGGACCCAGAAUUGUACUGGAAGUUUACUGCAUCUUCCGAGAUUUCAAGUAGAACGUAAACCCAAAGCUUUAUUUCUCACAGAGAAAAUUAUUGAGAUUCUGAAAACUCGUGUAGAUUGUAUAGCAGAAUAUGAAGAAAUACGCAAGGAAUUGGGGAUGUCCAAUUCUUUAAAGAAAUUAUUCAAAACACUGGAAUUCCAGCGCUAUGUGAAAACAGAUGUGUGGCUGCCAUACCGUCACCUCUAUCCAUCAGCCAGCAUCUCAGAGUGGAAGCAAAAAGGCAGUGACAGGGAAAAGAGGAUUCGGGCAAUUCAGCUAAUCAAUCCAGACAUGGAUGUUCGUGAGAUAUGGGCUAAGGAUGAUGAGGUAGAAGAAGAAGAUGAUACUUCUACAGGUGUAAUGAAUACAAGUGAGCUGCUUCUUGAUCGGCCUAUUCUGUCACAGGCCUUUAAUGUUGUGGAGAAUGCUGGUCCGGAGGGCGUAAGUCAGAUGGAGUUGAGUAUUAAAAUGGGUGUGUCUAGACUUCAGGCCAGAACAUUGUGCCGAAACCUGAUGAAGAAGGGCGUUCUUUCAACAUUCAUGAAUGAUGUUGGCAGGCAGAGAGUGUGUAGAUACAUGUGCAAGAAAUUUGUAAAGGAAGGCAAGAUGAGUGUUGACUUCAUGCGGGAGAAGGAGAAGAUGCUCACCUUUCUUGGACGUGAGAGGAAAAAUAAACAGUCGAAAAAUAAAGUUAAAUCAGAGAAAAAGUCUUUCUCUGAGGAGAGGAGGAAUGCACAUAAGAAUCAGAAACGUCUUCAUGAAGAAGAAUCAACAGAUAGCAGUGAUCUAGAAUUGAAGAGAAUGAAGGUUGACCCUGAUGAGACACGAGAACUGGCUUCUCAAGAAGAGCCACCUUCUGAUAUUCAAGCUGCUUUGAAUGAACAAAAGAUUGAAACCCAAAUUUUAGAAGACAUGGAAGAUGUUCUCGGAGUUAAGGAGCACCAGGCUAGCUUUACUGAAGAACUUUUGAAGAUAAGCCCACACAACAUAGACCCUCCUAACAUCACAUACAGGAUUCUGAGACGUGCCAAUAUUAUCAUUGAAGCUGUUAGGACUCAUAAGGUUAUUGACGAUCUCACCAAGCUUAUGAAGCAUAUCAAUGAAGAGGAGGAUAAGGAAGGCUACAAUGUAAAGAUAGACAAGAAGUCUUUAGUGAGACUCCUUGUGAAGCUUAGCAAAGAUGGCCAUGUCAAGGUUAUCAAGAUUGUGUUGAAGGGUGGUACCAAGGAAAAGGUAUUAAGCUUUAUCUGCGAUCCUGACAUCACCACAGAUCAUGGCAUAAUCCAGUCUGCAAUUGAACAAGCCAAGAUGAAGCUUUUCAUCAUUGCUAAAGAGAAAGCAUCUAAAACUUCCAGUGAUUCCAAAGAAAAGGAAGAUGAAAAGUUUUCAGGUGAAUCAAUACAUAGGAGCAUGAAUGAGAUGAAAGCUAUUUCAUCAAAUAAGGAUAAGACAAAAUCACUGGACUUUGUUUAUGAUAAGAAAGUUGGCAAGAAGUAUGGAUUUUCUCCAAAGUUUGUGCGGAUGCAGAUAAUGCAUCAGCUCCUCUUUUACCUGAUUUACGGCUAUACAGGAAAUGAGAACCUUGAUCAGGAAGCCACAGUCAAUCGUCUCAGGCAGAGAGACAAUUCUCUCACUGAUGAAGUUGUGGAAGAAAUGUCUAAAAUCUACAGUGAAGACGUCGAUUGGAAAAUGUUUGUGCCUCCACUCCCUAAGCAUGCAGGUUGGCCAGAAGGCUGGGCUAUCGUGUGUGACCUGCUGUUGCGGUUGCCACUUUGCAUAUUUGUGAAGGUUAUCAAUGUCACGUUUAUAGUCCCUGAACUAGAGCAGUACUUGAUGCAUCCAAUACGCCGUCAUUUUCUGGUCCGGCAUCUGCCUCCACGUCUUCGUAAUGUACUCAUAACUGCCAGGCGUUACAUCUUCAGUAUCCAUGAAGUAUUGCAGCGCCUCUGCUAUGUUGGUCUUAUUCAGUUUGGCCCUCAGCGCCUCAAGGAAAAGGAUCAGGUUUUUGUUUUUCUGAACCGCAGGACAACGUUAUUGGACACAACCCCUUCACGUCCAGGCUACCAUCAGGUGUCAGAUGAUAUAACAUACACGGAACACAAAUAUGAGUUUCAUAGACAGAACGAUGUGGAUAAGUACUGGUAUGAGAUGUGGAACUUCUGCAUCCAUACACAGUUGGGGGGUUGUAUGUGUGUCACUGGGAAGGACAUAGUGCUGGAGUUCCUACAGAGCAAGCAGGUCAUGAUCGAUGCUAUCCAGCCCAGACUGCCACAAGAUGCUCUGAAGCGAGACACUGGAUUAGUACCAGGAGACAAGAGAGGAGCUGCUGGGCUGGACUCCGCAUUCUUCUCACACCUGAAGCGGAACUGGAACUGGACGACCGCCACACCAUGCAUUACAACAGUUAGUAACAAUAAACCGGUGCUGGCAGCCAAACCACUGGUACAGGAACAGAGGAAAGCACGACUGGCUAGUCUGAAGACUGAACCCCUUCAGUUUGAUGAGAUCUUUCAGAAGCCUCAAGAAAAACCUAUGAAGACUGUUUUCCCUGUUAAAAAGAAGCUUAGAGGACCCAGAACUGUAGCAAAGAAAGAUGUCAUUGCAGCCCGCAGCAAAGUUCUGAAGAAAAGGAAAUUUGUUCGACAUGUUCUGCCACGCAAGUCAAGACGCAAUCACAGACCAUACUAUGAUGAGGUGGACUUGAAGGCUCUGCAGCUCAUGAGCAAGUUGCGUGUGGAGUGGUCGACAGCAGAAGACAACUUGCUGCUACUGUGCAAGGUUGCGUGCACAUACUUGUGUCCCACACCUCGCAAGCAGGUUGUCACUCUCCCGACGAUACGAGAUUAUAUGCACCAGAUAUGCCCUGCUUCCCGGAAUAAAACAUCUCGUGCUUGUCAACGUCGGAUUCUGUACAUGAUGAAGAACCCGGCUACAGCCCACAGUGUUGCCCUCCAUCUAGAAGACGUACGUCAGGAUCCAAGCAUUAUCAAACAGUUUGGAAGUACAAUGAAGGAGUUAUGUGCAAAGACUGACAACACAGAAGAAUUAGAGAAAAUGGCUGGUGAGAAGUUUAAAGCUUUGGUCAAUGUUCUCCAACGUAAAUUUAAUCCUCAGCCUUCAGACUACAGGGUGUUGCAAAAAAUCAUUCCUGAGUGUCCAGCAGAAUUCAGGAAACUGUAUGAGUUGGUAUAUCCUUCACCAACGCUUAAGAAAAGAGGACGUUUUCAAGAUGUGAAAAAUGUGGUGGACAUCUACUGUGCUGUUGUGAAUGCUAUUAUUCACAGCUCACUCUGCUGUGUUACGGACAAAACUUCAUACACAUACCAGCUGUUCCAAGUUUAUCAGCAGUAUCCUGACACCCUGCUUCGUUCUGCUAUGGCUAAGAUUCGUUCUGACCAGAUGGUCUCGCUGAAGAAGAGUUUUGUGCGUCUGAAACAAAAGACUGGAAACUACUUGCCGGUUUCUUCAUCUCCUUAUCAACUUUCCAUGAGCUAUGUGUACCAGCUUCAAACAAAAUAUCAGCAUCAGAUAUUCCAUGAGAGCUACUUGAUGGCGAAGAAGAUGUGUGCAUGGUACGCAGAGCAUAGAGAUGACACUGAUUCAGCGUUAGGUAUGGAAGUUGUGAUGGCCGAGGGAGGUACAACAGCAGCUCUUGUUGAACUGUUUACACGGAAGCAGAUGAGUUUUGAGGUAGAAAUUCCUGAGCAGAUAAUCGUUCUAGAUCCAAGAGUAUCAGAAAAGGAUGAAACAUAUGCACGAAUUGUUCAG